AUGCAGCUUUCAGCUAAAAAUCACUCAAAUAACUACUUAGAAAACUAUCCAAGGUUACCUCUAAUACCUUAAAAAAAUUAAUUUUUAACUCAGGAAAAGCCCUAAUUUAGAAUUUACCAAUAAUCACAUCAUUAGAAAAACUAACUAACUUUUAAAGAGAUCUUUGAAAUCAAUCAGAAGAAUUAGGAACUCCUAAAUGAAUUAAUGUAUGCUCUGAGUCAAGAUUUGCCAUAUUAAUAACAAUAAAUACUAACAAACCUAAACAACCAAUAGGACUACGAUCUAAAAGUAAAACCAGAUAGAAUACGAUAUCCUUCGGUUGAUAAUAGGAUCUAAAUGGGAAGUUCACUAGAAGAUGUACGGAAAUAUCCAUAAGUUGGUAUGAAUUAAUUUAAAGAAUUAUAACCCUAUUCCAGAACAGAAAGAAUGUAUAAAAAGAGAAAUGCGCAUUAAAGAAAACUAAGUGAUAACGGUUUUGAAAUCGAUAAUAAACAAAACUAUAAGUACAAGGUUAUAAACGGAAAACAAAACAAUACCAAUUAGAAGAUACAAAAAAAUACCUUAGGGGAAUCAAAAUUAAAUAAGAGUUUAAUUGGUGAAUAAAAUUAGAAUAAAAAGUUAAAAUUCAAAACUGUUGGUUAUGUAGUAUUUGCUACUAUGUGUUUGUCAAAGAAAUAUAGAAUAAUAUAAUAAAAAAAAUAAUUUUUAAGAAAUUAACUUAAUCAUAAUUACUAGGAACAUCAAAAAGUAGUUGAUUAAUUUUCAAAGAGACAAGCAAUUACCCAUGAAAGAUAAUACUAUGCAUAUGUGGUGGAAAAGAUCAUACAUCAUCUUAAAGAACAAUCUUUCAUUGAUGAAACUCUAGAAAUUCAGAAUUAAUCAAAAGAAUAUUAGAGUGACAUAAGAAAAGUACAUAUUUUUAAAUUCACUACUUUACUUUUGAAAAAUGUAGAACUAUACACUAGACAGAAUACUAUUACAGAUAUCGUACGCAGUUAAAUCAAUAUGUGUAUAUAUGAGUAAACUGGUAUUCCAAUUUCUAGAUUUGUUGGAUAAAGAUGUCAUUUUUAUAAUGAUGAUCGAGUUAAGAUACCUGUAGAGCAAUAAGUUUUGAUAGCUUUGGAAUAUUAUUUUUUUUGUAAUUUGAUCCCUUAGUUAUGUGAGAUUGUGGCUGAUCUUCAGGAUAACAAAACUAUUGGGAAACAAAAAGUUAAAACAAAUCCAUCUCAUCUAAAUGAAUGUCAUUUUUAUAUUUGUGUUCUUGCAACUUUAAUUUAAUAAAAGAUUGUAUAAGUGUUUUCUGAAUUGAAAAAAGUCAAGAACCCUAAUGGAAGCAUAGUUCAAAAGUCACUUAAGACUACAGAAUAGCAGAAUUUAGUUAUCAAGGCAUAUAUUGCCAUUAAUACGCAAUUGGAGGAUGAUAAUAAUGAGGAAAGUGAAAUAGUGAAGGGGUUGAUAUCAUCUGAUUUGAUUCUGGCACUCGAGGAGGAGAAGCCACAGUGGAAGAAAUUCAUAGAUAAGACUUUUUCGUAGAUAAUUACAAACCUUAGCAACUUGUUAAAAAAAUGA